AUGUCAGACGGAGCGACUUUGGGGAAACGCCGUUCCUACCCGCGAAACGGUGUGCCGUUGCAGGCACCAGCGUUUGCCCCGCAGAGCGUCUGCGAACGCCUCAUCGCGACCACCAAAGCUCAGCACGGUCUUUCCGUUUCCGCGCGACUUCGGAGGGGUGGACGCGGGGGCUUUCGGCGUGCACUGGUAGCCUGCAGUAGAAUUGACCGCGAGUCCGUGCAACAGGCGAAAAAGCGAGUCAGCCUCUUCGACUUGGUGCAGCCGCACGUGCGGUCUUCACGACCAAGCGGACCCAACCGCUAUAUGUGUCUUUGCCCGUUUCACGACGAGCGGACUGCGAGCAUGUUAGUGGACGACGAGCGCGGGUACUUUCACUGUUUCGGUUGCGGUGCCAGUGGGGAUGCGAUCCGCUUCCUCAUGAACAUACACAAAACUGACUUUCACGCCGCUGCGAAAACGCUCUUGAGCUAUGUCAAGGAUAACAAGGAGAUCGUAUCAACAAGUCCGCUCCAAGCGUCAGAAACACGUCACGCAAAAGAUGCUGUGCAGCACGUACCGUUCGUGAACGCUGGCGUUGACGCGAUCGCACCCAAGGAGCUUUCCAUGCAGUCGGCAGUUCAGCAGAAAGUACUGCAUAUGAACAGUCUCGCACUGAAGUUUUUCCGACGUCAGCUGAAGGAUCUGCAAAGUAGGCCAGAGCAUCUUUCUCCGGAGGCCCGACGGCUCUUCCGGUACCUCUGUGAGAGACGAGGGUUUUCACCUCGCACCAUUGACACCUUCCGUAUCGGUUACGCACCAGCUGGAUGGCGUGAGCUUGUAGAUUAUAUGUUGUAUGAGCAGACGGAGCUUGCAGUUACCGGAGAGGAUCUUGUUCUGGCAGGUCUGGCCAAGGUGCGACCACUGCCACAAGACAAGGAGAAGCUCGGGAUCAGGACGCCUUCGCAGGGCCUCUACGACGUCUUCCGCGAUCGUAUUAUGAUCCCCAUCCUGGAUGCAGAGGGUAGAGUCGUUGGAUUCGGGGGCCGUCGCCUUGAGUCCAGGGAACCUGACCCAGCGGAAGCGGUUCUGGUGCUACCGCCAGCGGAGAACGGGUCCUCCGGAAGCCAUGGUCAUGGCGCUGCUUCUUUGCCCGGACCUUCGAUAUCCAUGGUAGGAACGGCUUCGUCGAUGUUCAGCACUGCGUCGGGGUCCACGGCGAUGCGAGACGCGGAUAGCUACCUCACUAAGGUUCAGCUCAGGGCAGUCACAGCACCUACCCAGGAGGAGGCGUUCACUGGGCCCAAGUAUGUGAAUACGCCGGAAACACCGGUCUUUCAAAAGGCUCGGAUUCUCUUCGGCAUGUCGGAGACGCUGAGAAGAGUUCGCUUUCCUGAGGAGUUUGCGGACGACUGGCGUCUUGCCGAUGCUUUUGGACCCUGCGUAGUGCUCGUCGAGGGCUACCUCGACGUGCUCCGUCUGCACCAGGAGGGUAUCUGGUUCGCCGUCGCAUCGCUUGGAACAAGUGUUACAUCCGCGCAAUGCGAGAUGCUCGUAGAACUCGUGCGCUUGAUAGAAAACGAACACGCCUUGCGCUCAUCCAAGAGACUGCGUCCACGGCUCAUUCUGCAGCUCGACCAGGACGAGGCGGGCAGCCGGGCCACCAAACGAACGAUUGGGAUGUUUCUUGACAAAUAUCAACGAUAUGGGGAACGUUUUGGUUUGCAUCUCUGUGUCGCGCAGCUACCGUCUCACGUCAAAGACGCCGAUGAAUACAUUCAAGCAUACGGCAGCGAAGCGUAUCUGCGCCAAGUCGUAACGCAAGCUCAAGUCUGGUGGAGGCACGAGAUCACCAGCAGACUCGACACCUAUGUGAGCGCGGUCGAAGCGUCGCGACAGUGCAUCAAAGCCGAGGAGGACGUGACACGCCUGUUUUGGUGUCGGAGCCCGGCACUCAACGCUUGCCUUGAAGAUAUCGCAAACUGCAUUCGAAUGGCGCAGCUCAAGUCCAAGGAAUACCAUGCAGUCACUGUGCAAGUUGCACAACGGAUUGCGGGGCUAUUCGUGCCGUUCCACCAUCUUGAAGAUCCCUAUCGGGAGCUGGUUGCGGAAAUCAAGAGGCGUGUUCAACAGCGACCUGUUCACGUGCCUCAUCACAACGCAGAUACGCAAGUGAAUGGCGCGUUGGUGCAGUCAACAGCGACUCCAGCGAUGGGUACCGGGGCGCCCUAUUACAAGCUGCAAGCUCGUGACGGGACCAAUAUCUCGCCCGCUUGGCGGGGUACGGCGCCAGCGGUACCCGCCAGCUACAUCCCCCCACCGUAUGGUGAUUACCCGCCUUGGAUUUGGGCAGAAAUCAAACUCCUUCGGAUCGUUGUCUGUGCCACAGCGGCACAGCGCGAGUCUUGGCGUCAACGGCUGCAGGAAGAGUCGAUCCCGCUGCUGAUGCUCAUCACAGUGCCAACGAUACGACGAGCGAUUGCGUUUUUAUUGGGUCUCUCGACCGACCGCACCGGCAGAAGCGAGUCGAACGGUUCCGUAUUUCCCAUGGACGAUAUCGUUGCGGUGACGGAUGCGCUCAUCGAUCGGGGCAUUAUCGAGGAAUGCGAUCUCGAUGCUACCGACGCACCGGUUGAGGAUCACCGUCAUCGCCAUCCGCUGGACAGGCAGCAAGGCCACCAGUACCCGUUAGAUGCAUAUCGCAUUCCGAAAGAGGUAUUCGGACCGAUCGAUGGCGACAGCUCUGCAACGUUGACCCCGCGACGCGCUCCGUCAGCAACGCCCGCAGCCGCCCCAGAGCGAACGGCAUCAGCGGGAUCGAAUCCGGCUUGGCGCUUGAACGGCAGCGCAAGUUCUGCUGCGAGUCCGCUAGGCAACGGGUUAUCCACGGGAGACAUCACUGCAUCUGGUCGUGGUGUUCACAAAGACGAAGCUGACCCGAACGCCGCCGCGAACAGCACCGAGACGCCCGCCUCGUCGUCCAGCGCAAACCCGAUGCUGAACGGUACAUCCAAGUCGCUUGGACCCGGUGCGCAGGUGUCGCUCGCGAAGCCCCCAUGUAUGCGUACAAAACCUGCAUUUGCAGAUAGCGAUUCAUUUGCGAGCCGUACAGCUCGGAUCAUUACCAGAACGAUUCGUUCGAUCGGUGUCCUCCGGGUGUGUCGUCCAGAGCAGGCGUUGCCCUUGGACAUGGGAGCGGGAACCGUCCAUGAAGCCAAUGCACGGCUUCAGGAGAAUGCAGCGUUGACAGAGCGGCAGCGGCCUUGGUUGCAGAAUCACGACCUUGCGCUUUCGCUGGUGCUUCAUCUGGAGCGGCACCGAAUGGACGCGACAUUCUUCGCGCAGAUAGCCUGGUUGCGGUAUCUGCGAUGCAAGGUUCGCCUCGCACUCACCUGGCAGGCGUGGAAUGAUGCCAUAGAAUCGCUCGAAGCCCAAGUCGCGUUAUCUGAUUCCACGAGUCCCGAAACGCUGGACGCAUCGUCGGCAUCUGUUCCAGCGCCGAGCGGGGGCGCGCCUCAAAACAUCGGGCAACCCACAAGAUGCUCUACGUCUCUGGAGCUGCCAGGAUUGACCGACACGGCCAUUUGGCGCCGCUGUGAAGCGUACCUCGCUGAGAUACACACCAUCGAGGCGGAAAUGGAACGAUUGAAGCAAUCCUGGUAG